CCUUAGCCAUAGUAGGAAUUCCACAUGGAUCUUAUCCGCCUCCUUUCUUCCAUGUUUACCUCAAAUCCCACCCAGCAGCGGAUGUUAUUGGAAAAGUGUGGACACGGACGUUAACGUAUGAUCCAAAAAACCCUGGAAAGUUCUUCGUUUCAUUAACAUAAGGAUCCAAAAGGUAACGGAACGUUGCGCGCGCUAUUAUUAUGCGAUUGAGAGCGUUGUCAUGGUAGCAUUACUGGAGCAAGUGUUUUGCUUUGGGCCUGUAACGGUAUUCGCAUCAUUGACAAAAACAGGCUGUGUGAGCGACGCUUCCUUCUUUGGCCCCCUUCCUGGGAACCAACAUGUCCAAUGACCCCCCUCCUCCUUACCCAGGGGGCCCCAAUGCCCCUCUUCUUGAGGAGAAAAAUGGGCAACCUCCAGUUUCUGCAGCCAGUGCUCCAGUAGUGACAGCACCUCCACAGAGUCACUCCCUGCCUCCAGACUAUGGACCUCCACCAUAUGAAGCCAUACAGCCUGGCUUUGUUCCACCGCACGUCCCUGGUGAGAGUGGAAUGCCUAAGCCUAUGGCAGUACCUAUGCCAAUGUCCCCUGGUGGUUACAACCCUCCCCCUGGGCAUUUUCCUCAUAUGAUGCCAGAGCACUACGGUCCAGGGCCCAGUAACUUUGCGCCGAGUCACACGGCCACGGUCUUCAGCCCUUCUGGUGCAGGCACCACCGUGACCAUUGUGCAGGGGGAGAUGUUUCAGACAACUCCAGUGCCUACCAUUUGUCCACACUGCCAGCAGCCCAUCGUCACCCGCAUCAGCCAUGACAUCGGCCUCAUGAACACCUUUUUUUGUUUGUUCUGCUUCUUUGUCGGUUGUGAUUUCGGCUGUUGCUUGAUCCCCUGUUUGAUCGAUGACCUGAAGGAUGUGACGCAUACCUGCCCAAACUGCAAGGGUUAUAUUUACACAUACAAGCGCAUAUGCUAACAGUUAUAUGCUGAAAACAAUCGUGCUGUGACCUCAGUCUGGUGGGUGUUGACGACUCACUUUAUUUUCCCUCUGUUCAAUAUGUUCGAACCCACGUUUUAGUCGCUUCCACUUUAUAUACAUCCUACACGUAAUGUACAGAAACUAUAAUGUGCUGUCUAGCAGGCAUUGAAGGAAGGCAUGAUGUUUAUAUGCAAAACUGUGACAUUCAUUUAAUUUUAGCGACGAAGCGUUUAAGUUCAGAGAUUAUGUGAAGUGGUAAAUUUGUAAAGCUCAUACGUGUAGCAAAACCGAUGUUCACUUCAGGUCAGUGUUGUUUAAUUGUAGUUGUACGAACUGUAAUUUUAUUCUUUAACAUAUUACUAGUCAUAAUAAUAAUUAUUAUUUAAUGUGAUUGUCUUUAUGUGUAAAAAUAAGUUUCUUAUGUAAGUUCUCUUAUCUUAUGCAAAUGUAAUCGGGAUUUUCCCAUAACUUUUGUUUGUCUGUAUUUGUCUUCCCUCUCCAUUUGAUGUGCUUAUCAGUGUAACACGCAUUAUUAUACAUCUGUGUUAUUUAUGUUACUAAGGGACAUGUGUGUACAUCUCAAUCUCCUUGUAGUAAUAGGAUAUUUAAAUAGAGUUCACUAGUGCACUUUGAGUAUUAAUGCCAUUUAAGGGUCAUAUACUGUAUGUGACCCAUACACAUUUAAAUUCAAACUGAAUCAAAGCUGUUUUAUGUAAGCUACAGUGGUAAAUGAAGUAGGAUAAGUUCGACUGAUAUAUACAGUAAUAAUGACGAUGUGUAAAUAAUCGAAGCAUCUUUAUGUAGUGUUAAUUUUGGUCAGGAACGUGAUGAGCAGGUUUAUUUCCUUGAACACAGUAAAGUUGUUUUCUCUAAAGAGGGAGAGAUUUUUGGUACCGGUUAGAAAUGUUUCUUACUGUUGGAUUUCACCAGCAUGAUAAAGGCCAAUGCAUGACAUCACUGUAAUCUUUCACAGUGCACUAUAUGUCCCUUUAUUGCUCUGAGCUCAACACGUCACGCUCUGCUGCUUGCUACAUUGAGCUUCAGUACUCAAAGCGGAUUAACUGUUCACGUAAUGCUGUGUGCAACGGGGAUUUAGAGAUGAUUGUCUCUACAUUUUUUUUUUUUUUUUUGCAUUUACUGUUGUCAUUUCUACUAAUUCUAGCUAUGGGGAAAUGCAUUGAACAAAAAUGUGUGCAUUAUCCAAAAAGUACAUGACUAAGUGGGGCUAUCAGUACUUGGGACAGAGAAACUGUUUGCAAAAUACCAAUUAUAAACAUAAAUUAUUGUCUGGUCUAAAAUAUGUGGUACUGCGAUUCAAAAAAUUACACAUCCUCAGUGCACGGACACUAUAUAAAUAUAUAUAUAUAUAUGAAUAUUGCAUUACUGAAUGUUAAUUGUGAAUUGCUUUCUAUUGGACAAUCUGACUAAAGCUAUUAAGGCCAUCAGAUGUUUCCUGUAGUAUUAACCAUGAAGAAAUAAAUGUAGUUCUCCCUCUCUCUGUAAAUAUGCAUAAACCCUUUGUGUUUUGAGGUAACACUGAAUCUUAAUCUUAAUAUGGCAUCACAG